GCGGUGGAGCAGGCGGCCGUCGAUGUGCUGGACAGCUCCCUGGAUAACCUGCAGGGCGUGGCGCGGUCGACCGUCGACGUGGCGGCGUCGUCCACCGUGUCCAAUUCCGGAGGGAGGAGGAAGAAGAGUAGGCCAACAAGGUCAUUUCCAACAGACGAGGGGACACUAUGGAAGACGCGGCCAGUUUCGGCGAGUGGGCGCUCUGAGGCUUGGGGUAGAUUGAUUUCCCAAUCUUCUGAGUAUCCCUCGAUUCCCAUUUAUCCUACUCAUUUCACUGUUGGACAUGGUGGAAAGAAUGACCUGAAGCUCACCGAGUCAUCUCCGGGGUCACCUGUUUGCAAACUGAAGCAUGUUAAGAGGGGUGCUGCCCUUGAGAUCUACGUAUCUAAAGUUGUCCAUGUCAACGGGAAGGCCCUGGACAAGACUGCUAAGGUCACCUUAGUUGGUGGUGAUGAAGUCGUUUUUAGUUCUCUUGGGAGGCAUGCUUAUAUAUUUCAGCAACUUCCAGAGGAAAAAUCAAGCACAUCAUCUUUGUGUUCAACAUCUGUCGCUCAACAAGACCGAUAUGCAGCACUUGCACUGGAUCAUCUGUCAUCUAAAGCAGCUAAAAUAUCAACACCAUUAAACUUUGGAAAUGGCCGACCUCCACUGGUUCCUCAUGAUAAGGAGAUAGUCAGCAGUUUAUGUAAGACUAUGGAGGAACAGAGCUACUGCACUUCUGAAGAAAAUGUGCCAUUUGGUCGACAUCAACUUUUAAAGGAUGAUCUGAAGAAGGCGACUAUAAAUUCAAGUGACAUAUCAGAGUCAUUCGAUAAUUUUCCAUAUUAUCUUAGUGAGAAUACAAAAAAUGUUCUCCUGUCAUCAGCAUAUGUAAACCUAUGUUGUAAGGAAUCCGCAAAGUUUACAAAGGGUAUAUCUUCUCUUUGUAGAAGGGUACUAUUAUCUGGUCCAGCAGGGUCCGAGAUCUACCAAGAAUUGUUGGUGAAAGCGCUGACCAAAUCCUUUGAUGCUAAACUGAUCAUCAUAGAUUAUUCCUUACUGUCUGGUGGACAGCCUUCAAAAUCAAAGGAUGAGUCAUACAAAAAAGGUGAUAGGGUGAGAUACAUUGGCCCUCAACGAUCCUCAGGGUUCCUUGAGGGACAGAGAGCCCCAGAUUAUGGUUCACAAGGUGAAGUGAGGCUUCCUUUUGAGGAAAAUGGAUCCUCAAAAGUUGGAGUCAGAUUUGAUAAACAGAUCCCUGGGGGCAUUGAUCUUGGUGGCAACUGUGAGCUUGACCAUGGUUUAUUCUGUUCAGUUGAUUCUCUAUGCCUCGAUGGUCCAGGAUGGGAAGAUAGAGCAAAACAUCCAUUUGAUGUUGUGUUUGAGUUUGCCUCUGAAGAAAGUCAAAAUGAGCCUCUAAUCUUAUUUCUUAAGGAUGUUGAGAAAAUGUGUGGACAUAAUUAUACCUACCAUGGUCUAAAGAAAAAGCUUGAAAGUUUCCCAGCUGGAGUUUUUAUUAUUGGAUCCCAGAUUCAGACGGACACUCGGAAAGAUAAGUCAAACAGUGGGUCUCCUUGGCUCAAGUUUCCUUACAGCCAAGCAGCAAUACUUGACCUAGCAUUCCAGGAUAGCUUUGGCCGUGUGAGUGAAAAAAAUAAAGAAGCUCUGAAGAUGUCAAAGCAUUUAACUAAACUUUUCCCAAAUAAAGUGACAAUAGAAACACCGCAGGAUGAAUCAGAGCUCACCCGGUGGAAACAGCUAUUGGAUCGUGACAUUGAAAUUCUUAGCAAGGCUAAUGUUUUGAAAAUCCAGUCUUUCCUAACCCGCCAUAGUAUGGAUUGUACUGAUGUAGAAUCAGUGGUUUGUGUGAAGGAUCGUAUUCUUACAAGCGAAUGUGUUGAUAAAAUAGUUGGUUAUGCUUUGAGUCAUCAUCUCAAGGAUCGAACCAUUCAAACUCCUGGAAAGGAUGUGAGAGUUGUUCUAUCCGGUGAAAGCCUUAAGCAUGGAGUUGAUAUGUUGGACAGUAUCCACUUUCCUAAGAAGAAGAGCACAAAGAAAUCACUCAAGGAUGUCGUCACAGAGAAUGAAUUUGAAAAACGGCUACUUACUGAUGUGAUCCCUCCAGAUGAGAUUGGUGUUACCUUUGAGGACAUCGGAGCACUAGAAAAUGUCAAGGAAACUUUGAAGGAGUUAGUUAUGCUUCCUUUGCAAAGACCUGAGUUGUUCUGCAAAGGACAACUUAUGAAGCCAUGUAAGGGGAUAUUGCUUUUUGGUCCACCCGGCACAGGAAAGACCAUGCUUGCUAAAGCUGUUGCAACAGAGGCUGGUGCUAAUUUUAUCAACAUAUCAAUGUCAAGCAUUGCUUCGAAGUGGUUUGGAGAGGGGGAAAAAUAUGUGAAAGCAGUGUUUUCACUUGCAAGCAAAAUUUCUCCUAGUGUUAUUUUUGUGGAUGAGGUUGAUGGCAUGCUGGGAAGACGUGAGAACCCAGGGGAACAUGAAGCCAUGCGGAAGAUGAAAAAUGAGUUUAUGGUGAACUGGGAUGGUCUGAGAACAAAAGACAAAGAACGUGUUUUAGUACUUGCUGCUACUAAUAGGCCAUUUGAUCUUGAUGAGGCUGUUGUCAGGAGGCUCCCCAGGAGGUUGAUGGUGAACUUGCCAGAUGCACCCAAUAGAAAAAAGAUUCUUGGUGUAAUAUUAGCCAAAGAAGAUUUGGGUGAUGAUGUAGAUCUGGACGCACUAGCUAACCUUACCGAUGGAUAUUCAGGCAGUGAUCUGAAGAACCUGUGUAUUACUGCUGCACAUUGUCCCAUAAGGGAAAUUCUUGAAAGGGAGAAAAAGGAGAGAAUCUUAGCAGAAGCAGAAAAUAGGCCAGCACCACCUCAGUGUUCUAGCAGUGAUGUUCGUUCCCUGAAGUAUAGUGAUUUCAAACACGCACAUGAGCAGGUUUGUGCGAGUAUAUCAUCGGAUUCGAACAAUAUGAACGAGCUUGUCCAAUGGAACGACCUCUACGGAGAAGGCGGGUCGAGGCAGAAGACAUCGCUCAGCUACUUCAUGUAGCUUAAGCUUAAGAUGAUUUGUACAUACAGCAGAAGCGUUUAGCGUAAAGCAGCUGAGAAGAUGAGGCAAGAAAUAGCCUUUUUGUAUAGGCGGUUUCCAGAUAAUUUGCUGGAAACCUUUAUUCAUGUUGGGGUCGGUUUCCAGAUAAGUUAGGAGUCUUAGGACGAGGGCAAAUAGUGCCUGGCUGGAUUGGUGCUUGGUCGUCUCUCUCCCGUCGAGCCUGGAUGUCUGCAUGUAGCCAGAGAUUGUGAUCGUUUAAUGUAUCUUGAUGGUAUCUUGAUGGCAAAUGCAUGUCGUUUCACCGUGGCCAUUGUCGUUGCUGCUCGGCAGUGGGAUGUGUUCAAACUAGUGUUCCUAAUGCUCACCUAUUGUGAAAAGCUAUUACUCUUGCCGUUGAACUAUAAAGAGGGCGCUGUUACGGCA